AUGCCCAGCGCGCCAGGCAAUGCGACCGCUUUAAAGGGCCGUGACGUCGGCAGGCGGUGUGGCCGCCACGCAAACUGUGCGCAGAGCAAUUGCGCGCACACGGCGACAGCGACAGCGACAGCGACAGUGACAGCGCCGGCGACAGCGAACACCCAGGAUGACAACGGCUGCAAAAAGAGAAGAAUCGCAGGGCGAACCCGAGGGAAACGGCUGCUAGUAUUAAUGAACCCGCUCGACGCACCCGGCGUCGUGGAGACGCAGUGCAGCCGGCCCAGCAUCAAUGGGCAGACAGGCGAGCCAUGGUGGGCUACGUGUCAAGCGUCCAGCUCCUCCGCUAAGCUGUAUCAAUGUCCGUACAUACACGCCGGGCUGCAGGUUGCAUUGCCCGUAACAACUCCAGCCAAGGCGUUGCCAGCUGUCCCUCAACCGACGUCAGUUUUGCCCUCGCUGCUGCGCUACCUCUACACACCUGCAGGGCUGUGCCGCAGCUGCGUCUCAGACGAACCACCACACCCGUUUGCCAGCGCAUCGUUCCACCGCCUCAUCCUGUUAAUAGCACCAUGGCCAUGGCCACGCCGCCCGCUUUGGGGCUACACACGCCCUCGACACUCAGCCACAAGCGACCCUCGCCGCCCUGCUGCGAAUCGUCACCGUCUGCUUCUCAUGGGCCUCUGCAACCCCACCGUGGAGCCUGGCUGCAUGCACGCUGACGAUGCCCACGCUGGGAAGCCUCCAUGUCCCUGGCCUCCUCGUCUACUCGACCGACAAGUUGACCCGAGGCCGUCCGCACGUCCCCAGCUGGCGAUGCAGCGAGCUACUUACAAGGCUAACAUGCCCAUGGAGCCGCGCUUGUCUCUACUACCUGCCCUCCCUACCAGCACACCACCAGCCCUCUCCCCCACACCUGGCAGCCAUCGACAGCCACGAGGCUAUUGUCGUCUCGUCAUCUGCACUCCCAAGCAGGACUGGCACCGCCUUCUUCUCCCCAAUGGCUCCACCCGAAUUGGCGGUGAGACCAUGCCCUGA